AUGGUAGGAGUUUUUGAAUCGGAUCAAGAAGAAUAUAGGAACGACGACGACGAUGAGAAAUUGGAGAACGAGGAGGAGGAGGAUGAGACUGGGAUUUUCAUAUCAUCGAUGACUACGCCGCCGCCAAAGAAUGCGCUGCUGCUGAUGAGAUGUCGAUCGGCUCCGCACAAUCAGGCGUCGUCCCUGGAGGCCAACCGGUUCCCAAUCUCUAUCUCUCUGCUUCCACCAUCGAAAUUGAAGUCUUCUCCGAUAGAGAAGAAGAUGGAAGUGGGAGAUGAUGAUGAGGAGGAGGAGGAGGGGAGGAACUCGAGCAAUGGGAGCUCGAGAGAUGGAGGGGAGGGGGGAGAGGAGGGAUCACGGCCCCUGGUCUUGACACGGUGCAAAUUGGAGCCG